AUGGACCGCCUUGUUCGGCCAGUCGCCCGGCAAUUGCUUCGGCCUCGUCUACGCUACCCUUAUUCCAUUCCUCCUCCUCCUGUUGCCAGGAGACUAUACACGACGGGACACAAUCGGCCUGAGCUCAAAGAUCAGUCCUUGUUUAUCGAAAAGUGUUACAUCAAUGGCGAGUGGGUGAACGCCAAGUCUGGCAAGACCUUCGAGGUCCACGACCCUGCCACGGGGAAACUCAUCGGCACAUGCCCAGAGUUCGACACGAGCGACGUCGAAAAAGCGAUCCAAGCUGCCUCGGAGGCCUUCCCGUCAUUCCGCACAACCCUCGCUCGCGAGAGAGCGCGCAUGCUGCGUCGAUGGUACCAACUCAUGAUGGACAACGCGGAAGAUCUGGCGAAAUUGAUCACAUGGGAGAAUGGAAAACCUCUGACAGAUGCCAAGGGCGAGGUCAACUAUGCCGCCAGCUUUUUCGAGUGGUUCAGUGAAGAGGCGCCUCGCACUUACGGUGACACGAUCCCAGCGUCGGUGCCGGGCAACAGAGUCAUUACGAUCAAGCAACCUGUCGGUGUUUGUGGCCUGUUGACUCCAUGGAACUUCCCCGCGGCCAUGAUUACGCGCAAGAUUGGGCCUGCCUUGGCGGCCGGGUGCACUGUUGUCGCAAAGUCUCCAAGCGAGACUCCUUUCACUGCUAAUGCGCUCGCUGAGCUGGCGCAUCGAGCAGGCAUUCCCAAGGGUGUCGUCAACAUUGUCACUGCCUCGGAGAACACCGCCGCCGUGGGUGAGCUCAUUACGACUCACCCAGAGGUGCGCAAGGUCUCAUUCACAGGAUCCACCAACGUCGGUCGUCUCCUUAUGAAGCAGGCCUCCUCCACAAUCAAGAAGGUGUCAUGGGAAUUGGGUGGAAACGCCCCUUUCAUCGUCUUCGAUGAUGUUUCGGACUUGGAUGCUGCCGUCAAUGGUGCUAUUGCUUCGAAGUUCCGUAGCUCUGGCCAGACUUGCGUUUGCGCCAACCGCAUCUAUGUUCAAAGCGGUAUCUACGACGAAUUUGCGAAGCGAUUUACCGCCAAGGUUAAGGACUUCAAGCUCGGCGCGGGCUUUGGCGAAGGCGUCACCCAUGGACCCGUCAUUCACGAGCGGGCCGCCGCAAAGGCCCAUGAACACGUUCAGGACGCCACGUCCAAGGGCGCUCAGGUGGUCGUUGGUGGACAGCGGGCGUCUGCGCUCGGACCCAACUUCUACGAGCCCACGGUUCUGACAGGCAUGAACAAGGAUAUGCUCCUCGCCUCAGAGGAAACCUUCGGUCCCGUGGCUGGGCUCUUCCCAUUUGAUAGUGAGAAGGAGGUUGUCGAGCUCGCGAACAAGGCUGAAGUUGGUCUCGCGGGAUACUUCUUCAGCAGCGACGUGCGUCGCAUCUUCCGCGUUGCCGAGGCGUUAGAGGUUGGUAUGGUUGGUGUCAACACUGGACUGAUUAGUGAUGUUGCAUCACCAUUCGGAGGUGUCAAGCAAAGUGGAUUCGGGCGCGAGGGCAGCAAGUAUGGUAUUGAUGAGUUUAUGACCGUCAAGAGCGUGACCUUUGGCGGAAUGGGCGAGCCUCUACAGGGGUAA